AUGAGCGACCUACACAAGACAGUCAUAGACGACAAGGCGCAGCCGGAAUACUCUCAUGUGGAGGCUGUCGCUGACCCCAACUCUCAAUGGGCCGACCACGACGAGGCCAUCGCUGCCGAGGCGUACCAGCGCAACCUCGGGGUGUGGGCAUCAUUCAAGAUGUAUAAAAAGGCCGUCUUUUGGUCCUUUGUUGCGUCUUCCACCCUUAUCAUGGAAGGAUACGGCACCAUGCUCCUGGGAAGCUUCUACACGCUCCCGGCUUUCCAGAAAAAGUAUGGCGACUAUUACCCAGCCCACGACGGCGGUAUUUGGUCCGUUCCGGCCAACUGGCAAAUGGCCUUCACUGUCGUGACCUCUGUCGGGUCCCUUGUGGGCGUCCUUCUUGGGGCAUGGCAAGUCGAGAGGUGGGGCUACCGCUGGACCCUCAUAUUCCACCUCACAGUCCUCAACGCAUUUAUUGCCAUGGUGACAUUUUCACCCAACCGCAUUGUACUUAUUGUCGGGCAGGCAUGCUGCUCUAUCCCCUGGGGCGUGUUCAGUACACUCAGCACUGCCUUUGCCUCUGAGGUGCUCCCGAUCUCUCUCCGUGGCUUCCUAACGACAUACGUCAACCUGUCCUGGGUCAUUGGCCAGCUCAUCUGCCAGGGCGUUUUGAACGGAUACGCAGUCGUGCACCUGGACGAGACGAACGGAUACCGCGUCCCUUGGUGUAUCCAGUUUAUGUGGCCUGUUCCCAUUAUUGUUGGCAUCUUCUUCUCACCCGAGUCACCAUGGUGGCUCGUCCGUCGAGGCCGCCUUGAGGAAGCUGCGGAGAGUGUCCGUCGCCUGGCAAGCCAGCCCGACGCGACUUACAUCCACAACAACGUCGCCAUGAUGGUCCGUACCAACAACCUCGAAAGGGAGCUUGCCGAGAACAGGGGCUCUUUCGCUUCUUGCUUCAAGGGCACAGACCUCCGUCGCACUGAAAUCUCCACGAUGGCAUAUGGCUGCCAAGUGUUCAGUGGAAUUACGCUUGGCAUAUCUGGAGUUUAUUUCUUUGUGCAAGCUGGUCUGGGUACUUCGGACGCCUUCAAGCUCGUGCUUGGCAUGAUGGCCAUGGGCUUUUGUGGCACCUGCGCGUCAUGGGUCCUCAUUUCAUACUUUGGCCGCCGGUCAAUCUUCCUCACCGGAAUGGUCGGCAUGACCACCGCCCUUCUCGUUGUCGGUAUCCUCGCCUGCGUCUCCGAUAAACACCCCGGUGCUCUCUGGGGAAUUGCGGCCAUGCUGUUCGUUUGGAUGGCCUUCUACCAAUCCACCGUCGGGCCACUCGCGUUCACACUCAUUGGCGAAAUGUCCUCCACCCGCGUGCGAAACAAGACCAUCGGCCUCUCGCGCGGAAUGUACAAUGUUGCGGCACUCGUGUUUGGUAUCCUCAAUCCGUACAUGAUCAACAACACGGCCUGGGGCUGGGCAGGCAAGGCUGGCUUUUUCUAUGGCGGUAUCGCAUUGAUCGCCACCGUGUGGGUCUAUUUCCGCCUGCCCGAGACUCGCGGCCGCUCAUACCGUGAGCUCGACGUCCUGUUUGAGCGCCGCGUCCCGGCUCGCAAGUUUAGCUCGACAACCGUCUCCGAUGAUGCGGACGAGGAGAUUCUCAGGGCCCACGAGGGUGCUGAGAAGCAGUAG